AUGUGGUUUAAAAAAAAUGAAAAGAGCGACUUCGUGGCCACGAUGCCAACGCACGGAAAACCUGCAUCUUCGCGAACGAGCAAAGUCCAUGGUGCCAGCGGGCAGCAACAGCAACCGGCCCAACAUGCCCUCACGCAGACCUCGACGGCGCUGUCCGUGAUACAGUACCCAGCCGGCCUCAAGCUCUUCCUGAUCAUGCUGUCCGUUUUGGUGUCCAUGUUUCUUGUGGCAUUGGACCGUCUUGUCAUUGCAACCGCAAUUCCUCAGAUCACAGAUCAUUUCCACUCUGUCACCGACAUUGGCUGGUACGGCAGCGCCUACUUGCUCACAACCUGCGCGUUUCAGCUGCUCUUUGGCAAGUUCUACGCUUUCUUCCGCAUCAAACACGUCUACCUCGUCUCAGUCCUCCUUUUUGAGGUUGGCUCUGCCGUCUGCGGCGCAGCCCCUUCCAGUGCAGUGUUUAUUGUUGGCCGGGCCAUCGCAGGCGUUGGCGGCGGGGGCAUCUUUGCUGGCACAAUUAUCAUCAUGGUCUACUCUGUCCCCUUGCACCGCCGGCCGAAGUACCAUGGUGCAUUCGAGGCUGUGUUCAGUCUUGCCUCCAUUGUAGGCCCAUUGUUAGGCGGUGCGUUCACAAGUAAAGUGACGUGGAGGUGGUGUUUUUACAUCAACCUGCCUCUGGGAGGCGUUGUGCUUCUAAUUGUUGCGUUUGUGCUGCAACCACCAGCGCAGGAACUAGGGGACACGUCAUUGUGGCAAAAGUUGAAGCAGCUUGACUUUGCUGGCAAUUCGGUCUUUAUACCUAGUGUAGUGUGUUUGUUGCUUGCGUUGCAGUGGGGUGGCGUUGAGUAUGCAUGGAACAACCCCCGCAUCAUCAUACUCCUAGUCCUCGCCGUUGUCCUCAUCAUCAGCUUCGUCGCCAUCCAAAUCCUUAUUCCCGAAACAGCCACUGUCCCGCCGCGCAUUAUGCGCCAGCGCUCUAUUGCCUUUGCUUCGUGGGCCGCCUUCACCAUCGGCGGGCAGAUGAUGAUCUUUGCAUAUUUCCUCCCCAUCUAUUUCCAAGCUAUACAGGGCGUUUCGGCUGUUGACUCUGGGAUCCGUACGCUGCCGCUUGUGCUGUCGAUGAUGAUGUUUGCAGGCGUGUCAGGACAGAUCAUUACAAAGAUUGGAUACUACACGCCUGUAAUGCUAGUGGGGACGUGUAUUAUGAUCGUUGGAGCAGGGCUGUUGACGAUGUUGAAAGUUGACUCAGGCGCAGGGCACUGGAUCGGGUUCCAAGUUUUAUACGGCGUAGGGAUGGGAAUGACCUUCCAAGCGCCAAAUUUGGCAGCGCAGACGGUGUUGAGAUUGAAAGACGUGCCUGUUGGGACGAGUGUCAUGUUUUUUUCACAGACGCUGGGCGGCGCCACCUUCCUCUCCGUGGGGCAGAAUGUGUUCAACAAUGAGCUUAUGAAGAGGUUGAGGGGGCUGCCUGGGCUUGAGGAGAUUGAUAUCAAAGGGUCCGGCGUAACGACGCUUACGAAGCUGCCCACGGAGAUUAUGGGCUCUGUUUUGGAGGCGUACGACCAGGCGUUGAGGGUCGUGUUUGUUGUUGGGCUUGCGCUAGUUUUUGUAGUGCUUAUCGGCGCGGGGGGCAUGGAGUGGAAGAGUGUGAAGUGGGAGCAAGCGGCAAUGAGGAAGACGCAGGAGGAUGCUGAGGCUAAGGUUGCUGCUACGGCGAGAGUAGCAGUGGCGGCUCCUGUUGUUGACUCCGAAAAUGACGAAGGACAGAAGAGAUCGACAACCUGA